AUGAUCUCCCUCACCUCCUUGGCGAUUGCCCUCCUUGCCGCGAAGAAUGUCGCGGCUGUUGGUAGCCCCUUCGGGUACGCGACUGGUACCACCGGAGGCAACAGCGCUGCCCAGGCCAUCCCUACGUCUGCUGCUCAACUUAAGAGCUGGCUAGAGGAUAACGUCACCCGGAAUAUUCUGUUGGAUCGCACGUAUGACUUUACCGAUACUGAGGGGAAUAUCAGUGGGAAAAUGUGCAAGUCGUGGACUUGCUCGCCAAACCCUCAGCUCAUUCUCGACACAGGAAGUGGAUGUGGAUCGAGUGCUUCGACUACUGCUACCUACAAGAAGGCUGGUACCUCUGGUAUCAAAGUGAAGUCUAACAAGACGAUUGUUGGGAAAGGCACCUCUGGAUGGAUGCAAGUCAAAGGGAAGGGCUUGACGCUGAGCAAUGUUAGCAACGUGAUCAUCCAAAACAUUCGUAUCUCGGACCUCAAUCCCCAAUACGUUUGGGGAGGUGAUGCCCUAUACAUUGAUAACUCUAGCAAAGUCUGGGUCGACCACAACUACUUCAAGAACGUUGGUCGCCAGUUUAUCGCUACCGGCUUCGGUGCCGCAAAGCAAGUCACUAUCUCUAACAACUACUUUGAUGGUCAAUCUACCUGGUCAACUGGAUGUGAUCAACAUCAUUACUGGGCUCUAUUGUUCGCUGGCAAUGGAGACCAAAUCACUUUUGCUCGUAACUACAUGUAUUUCACCGCUGGCCGUGGGCCCCAUAUUGGAGGUACUAACGGAUACACUCUGACCUUGCACAUGUACAACAACUACUUCAACGACAUCACUGGCCAUGCAAUCGAUGCCGAUACCGGAUCCAAGAUCUUGAUUGAGGGCAACUACUUCAACAAGGUCAAGACACCGUCCACCGGAAGCACAAAGGGAGCUGCAUUCGCACCCACAUCCUCGUCCAUGAACUCCCAAUGCUCUGGCUCUCUGGGCCGAAACUGCGUGUCAAACACAUUGGCGGGCGGGUCGGGUAGCCUCACCAAUACGGCCAACAGCGGCAUUCUGAGCUCUUUCACUGCGUCGACGGUAAAGACUGCCUCGAUCAUGGAUCCUGCCCAGGUUCCAUCUUAUGUUACGUCCAACGCUGGCCUCGGAAAAGUCAACUAG